AUGGUGUUUACAGUGUUGAAAGAGCGAGUAUGGAAAAAGUUACAAGGGUGGAAGGAGAAGCUGUUAUCUCGCGCAGGUAAAGAGGUCCUACUAAAAGCUAUUGUUCAAUAUAUCCGUACAUAUAUGAUGAGUCUUUUUGGGAUUCCUUCGGGUUUACUUGAUGAAAUUAAUGCUUUGUGUGCUCGAUUCUGGUGGGGGGUGAGAGGUAAGGACCGUAAGAUGCAUUGGAUUAGUUGGGAGAAAAUGUAUCGCGCUAAAUCACAUGGAGGGUUGGGCUUUCGAGAUCUUAAGGUGUUCAAUCAAGCGUUCCUCACAAAGCAAGGAUGGCGCCUACUCUGCAACCAAGACUCACUUGUUCAUCAGGUAAUGAGCGCAAAGUAUUAUGUGAGGUCGUCUUUUUUGGAGGCUGGAAGGGGUUUGGAUCCUAGUUUCAUCUGGAGAAGUAUAUGGGGGGAAAAAGCUCUAUUGCUUGAAGGACUUAAAUGGAGAAUGGGUGAUGGGACACAGAUUAGUGUGGAGGAUGCUUGGCUCCUGGGGGAUUCCGCGGUUGUGGUUCCAACGCCAAAUUUAGAAUGCUCGGCCAAUCUUUGA